CAACUUUGCAAAGGCAAUUGAAUUGUAGAUCUAUUCUUACAAUCAUUUCCCUGCGAAGGAUUUCAAUUGGAUUCUUAAUACGAACAGAAAUAUGGCUGCCCCUAUCAUACGCCGGGCACUCAUGUAUGUCCCGGGCUCCUCUAAGCGCAUGCUCGAGAAAUCCAAAUCACUGUAUGUCGACACGGUAGCCUACGAUCUCGAAGACUCCGUCACAUCGGCCAAGAAAGCAGAAGCACGACAGAACCUCGUCGAUCUUUUGCGACAACCUCGGCCGCGGAGCAUUCGUGAAAUGUGUGUUCGGAUAAACAGUGUAGACAGCGGGCUAGCACUUGAUGACUUGACUGAAGUAUUGAAAGGCGAUCAUCUGGACGCAAUUAUGCUGCCAAAGUGCGAGUCAGCGGCGGAUUUGCACUUCGUCACUGAUGUGAUGAGACAUGUGCUUCCAGAAAGACAUCCCUCGACACCAAACCUAGGGCAAGAGGCGAAACAACGCCCAUUAUGCAUAAUCGCUCUCAUUGAGUCCGCGAAAGCCAUCCAGAAUCUUAAAGAGAUAUGUAAUGCCAGUCCGUACCUAAGCGGCUUAGUAUUUGCCGCUGAGGACUUCGCGAAAGACAUGUCGUUAACCCGUACACCGUCAUUGACUGAAUUCUUGUACGCAAGAGGCGCAAUUGCAACAGCCGCUCGCGCAGCUGAACUCCCUUCUACCAUAGAUCUAGUCUGCACGGCAUACAAAGGCGAAGAAGGACAGAGGACACUAGAAGAGGAGUGUCUGAAUGGCAAGCGAAUGGGCUUUAAUGGGAAACAGUGCAUACACCCAAGCCAGAUUGAGGUGUGUCAGCGGUCGUUCUCACCUGGGGAGAAAGAGAUCGAGUGGUCCGUGAGAGUUGCCAUUGCAGACGAGAAGGCAGAUAGAGCAGGGCGAGGAGCAUGGACACUAGACGGGAAGAUGAUCGACGUUCCUGUUGUUAAGAAGGCAAGGGAUGUCAUAGAGAAGGCGAAGCUGUGCGAUUUUGAUGUUAAUGCCGUGAAGGAAAAGUGGAAGGAUCAGGAACCUGAAUAAACAUUAGCUGCU